UAGCCACAUGGUUUUUCUUUUAUGUCCAUGAAAGUACAACGGACAUCUGGAUGGCCAGUGUUGAGACGACAAUCCGUGUGCAAAUUUAUCGCAUGGCUGUUAGAAUGAUCUCGAUUUUGGCCGUGUGCAUAUAACGGCCUUGGUUGGCAAGUAGGCUAUAUAAACCAGAGACUGUCUACUUUCUCUAUUGAAUUCCUCGUUGAUCAAGAAUAUUUUAUUUUAACAGUUCAUAACAACAAACACCAUGAGUGGCAAAGGACCAAACUGUACUGAGGCUUGUACUGGGGAACAAUGCAAUUGCGGGGACAGCUGUAAAUGUGGAGAGGGAUGCAACUGCCCCAGCUGUAAAACUACUAAAGGACCUAAUUGUACUGAGGCCUGUACUGGCAAACAAUGUAGCUGUGGAGAUAGCUGUCAGUGUGGAGAAGGAUGCACAUGCUCCUGCUGUAAAAAGGCUUGCACUAAGGAAUGCACUGACACAGAAUGCAGUUGUGGAGAUAGCUGUAAAUGUGGGGAAGGAUGUAAAUGUUCCAGCUGUAAAGCGGGUAAAUGUACUAAGUCAGAUGAAGGGUGCAAAACCGAAGGUCACUGUGCCAAAGGGAAAUGCUGUAAGAGUUGAGUGGAUUAAACUAAACUUUCCCAUUCUACUGACCUGAAAAACUUCCAAAUGAAACUAACUUCUAUAAUUUGAUUAUGUCAUGUUUAAAGUUCAAUACGUGAUCUAUGUCUAUGUACAAAUAUUGUAUUCCCAAACCGUGUAAUUUAAAUAAACUAUUAUAUUAUA